AUAUGAAAUAUAAAAAUUUAAUUUCAGAUACAGAAUGGCCGAUUUUCUUGAAGUUGACAAUGCUGAGGUUUUUGAUGGAGAUAUGGAGGAGGAAAAUAUCUCCAGACUCAAGGAGAAGGCAAAGAGGAGGAAGGGACGUGGAUUCGACGGAGCUGCGUCAGAUCGGGAGGAUGGAGACUAUGAUCGUGUCGAAGAUCAAGCUGAGGGUGAACCUGGACCCCAGCGAUCCAUUGAGGGAUGGAUUCUGUUCGUGACCGGUAUCCACGAGGAGGCACAGGAGGAUGAUAUCCACGACAAGUUCUCCGAGUUCGGAGAGAUAAAGAAUAUUCAUCUGAACCUGGACAGGAGAACUGGAUUUCUCAAGGGUUACGCUCUGGUGGAAUAUGAAACGUACAAGGAAGCGUUGUCGGCCAAGGAGGAGUUGGACGGAAGCGAUAUCCUCGGCCAGAAUAUCGCCGUUGACUGGGCUUUCGUUAAAGGUCCCAGGAAGACUGGAAAGAAGAGCCGAAAGUAAUCAUGAAUCCUGUGUUUUACAUUAAAUAAAUUCACGGAAGUACUCGAGAUGAAUUCGAUUUGUUUGUAUAACUAACUGUAUUGUAAUUUUUUCCUGCGUGUGUAAUAAACAGUUUUUUUGGAAACGUCAAUUUCUCUUCAAUUUUCAGA